AAUACCUAUGAUAAGUACUGGGAAUUUUAUCAGAAGUACGGAGGCCAGAGUUUUCCUGAGGAUUAUAUCAAGAAAGCAAUUGCUGAGAUUGAAGAAAUGUGCACUAUUUUGAAGAUGGAAGGAGUGACUGUGAAGAGGCCAGAAGUUCUCAACUGGUCAACCCGAUAUAAAACGCCUGAUUUUGAAUCUACUGGCAUGUACGCAGCCAUGCCGAGAGACAUUUUACUUGUAAUUGGAAAUGAAAUCAUUGAAGCGCCAAUGGCGUGGCGAGCCCGUUUCUUUGAAUAUAGAGCAUAUCGCCCAGUCAUUAAAGAGUAUUUUCACCAGGGAGCCAAAUGGACAACAGCACCGAAGCCCACGAUGUCUGAUGAGCUUUACGACCAGGAUUAUCCCAUCCGCACAGUGGAGGACAGGCACAAGUUGGCUGCCCAGGGGAAAUUUGUCACCACUGAAUUCGAGCCGUGUUUUGAUGCUGCAGACUUCAUAAGAGCUGGAAGAGAUAUCUUUGUGCAAAGAAGUCAGGUUACAAAUUUCAUGGGCAUUGAGUGGAUGAAGAGACAUCUUGCUCCGGACUACAGAGUCCAUACUAUUUCUUUCAAAGACCCCAACCCGAUGCACAUCGAUGCUACUUUUAAUAUCAUUGGCCCCGGGGUCGUGCUUUCUAAUCCAGACCGUCCCUGUAAUGAGAUCGAUCUCUUCAAGAAGGCAGGCUGGACAAUCAUUCACCCACCACUUCCUCUCAUCCCUGACAAUCAUCCACUGUGGAUGUCUUCAAAAUGGCUUUCCAUGAACGUCCUGAUGCUGGAUGAGAAACGUGUGAUGGUAGAUGCCAACGAAACCCCGAUCCAGAAGCUCUUUGAAAGCCUAGGCAUUUCAACCAUCAAAGUGAACAUCCGCCACGCCAAUUCCUUGGGAGGAGGGUUCCACUGCUGGACCUGUGACAUACGUCGCCGUGGCACCUUGAAGUCUUAUUUUGAUUAGGAG